UUGGCGGCGGGAGCCGUCGUCCAGGGCCGUGAGGGGAGCGAGCCGAGGCGGCGCCGGCGGCAUGAGGCAGAAGAAGAAAGGAGAUCUCAGCCAUGCAGAGCUGAUGAUGAUGACGAUAGCAGACAUCAUAAAACAAUUAAUUGAGGCUCAUGAGCUGGGGAAAGAUGUGAAUCUGAACAAGCUGAAAACCAAGAUAUCAGCUAAGUAUGGACUUUCAGCACAGCCUCGUUUGGUUGAUAUUAUUGCUGCUGUUCCGCCACAGUACCGCAAGGUGCUGGUACCGAAGCUGAAAGCCAAGCCUAUUAGAACUGCUAGUGGGAUUGCUGUUGUGGCCGUGAUGUGUAAACCACAUAGGUGUCCACACAUCAACUUUACAGGCAACAUAUGUGUAUACUGCCCAGGUGGACCUGAUUCUGAUUUUGAAUAUUCAACACAGUCUUACACUGGAUAUGAGCCAACAUCCAUGAGGGCUAUUCGGGCUAGAUAUGACCCCUAUCUUCAGACAAGACACAGAAUUGAACAGCUGAAGCAGUUGGGCCACAGUGUGGAUAAGGUAGAAUUCAUUGUGAUGGGUGGAACUUUCAUGGCCCUACCUGAAGCCUACAGAGACUACUUCAUCCGUAACCUUCACGAUGCCUUAUCGGGACACACUUCCAACAACGUAGCAGAGGCUGUCAGGUAUUCUGAACGAAGCCUCACAAAAUGUAUUGGGAUAACAAUAGAGACCAGACCGGAUUACUGCCUGAAGCGACAUUUAAGUGACAUGUUAUCCUAUGGCUGUACGAGACUAGAAAUCGGCGUGCAGAGUGUUUAUGAGGACGUGGCCAGAGACACCAACCGAGGUCACACCGUGAAGGCCGUGUGUGAGUCAUUUCACUUGGCCAAGGAUGCCGGCUUUAAAGUGGUGGCGCACAUGAUGCCCGAUUUGCCAAAUGUGGGGCUCGAAAGGGACAUUGACCAAUUUGUUGAGUUUUUUGAGAAUCCUGCCUUUCGCCCAGAUGGGAUGAAGCUCUAUCCAACACUAGUGAUCCGUGGCACUGGUCUGUAUGAGCUCUGGAAGACUGGAAGAUACAAGAGCUACCCCCCCAGCACUCUUGUGGAUCUGGUGGCGAGGAUUCUGGCUCUCGUCCCACCGUGGACACGUGUGUACCGCGUUCAGAGAGAUAUCCCAAUGCCACUAGUCAGCUCUGGAGUGGAGCAUGGGAACCUGAGAGAGCUUGCCUUGGCCAGGAUGAAGGAUCUUGGGACACAGUGUCGUGAUGUAAGGACAAGAGAGGUUGGAAUUCAAGAAAUUCACCAUAAAGUGAGACCUUAUCAGAUUGAAUUAGUUAGAAGAGAUUAUGUGGCUAAUGGUGGCUGGGAGACCUUCCUGUCCUAUGAAGAUCCAGAGCAGGAUAUUCUCAUUGGCCUUCUGCGGCUGCGGAAGUGUUCAGAGGAAUCAUUCAGACCGGAGCUGAAAGGAGGUGUUUCCAUUGUCCGGGAGCUGCAUGUGUACGGGAGCGUGGUCCCAGUGAGCAGUCGGGAUCCCUCAAAAUUUCAGCAUCAGGGAUUUGGUAUGUUGCUAAUGGAGGAAGCAGAAAGAAUAGCCAAAGAGGAGCAUGGGUCAUGGAAAAUUGCUGUUAUUUCAGGUGUCGGCACGAGGAACUACUACAGGAAGAUCGGCUACGAACUGGAAGGGCCUUACAUGGUGAAAAGGCUGGACUGACCCUCGGUGAGGACCUCAGCCCCUACCAAGAUAUGAAGCUCCUCUUGGAAAGAAAGCUCAAGGCGACAGAUGCAAGCUGAAAACCAAAGCCUGCCAGCUGCACGGUACUUGCUUACGCCAGAGCCCAUGGCAGCAAAUGGGCCAUCUCAUCCGGGCAGAGCGGUUCUGCUGCGGUCUGCCCGCUGCCCCGGGAGAGGUCGUGGACGUGGCGCGUGGCAUUACCCCCGUAAGCCCGCCGGCUCCCCAGGACUGGCUCCGAUUGGAAUAACCAAGGCUGAGUGUGUAGGUGAACUGAAUGUGGGGGCCUUAUUCAACAGCCGGCUAUGAAAAAUUUCCAUUGUUUUUACGACGCUGUCAUCAAGCUUUUAAUCUUUGAGCAUUGAAAUUCUGAAACAUGAGCAAAUUCCUCCUUUGUGCAUAUUUCUUGAUGCCGGCGUGGCGCUCUCCUGUUUAUCCCAAGAGGUGCAAUUUGAUUCCUUUGCAGUAGGACCCCGUGAGGAUUGGAAGCCGUUACUUUGCUGGUGGUACGAUUUGAGACUAUAACUUCAAAUGAAUCUGUACUGGGACCCACAGUAUAAAAAUAACUAAGAUUGGAAGGGACCUCUGAGGUCUCUAGUUUUCCCUGCUCAGGGCAGGACCCAUUAAUUCAGGUUACCCUAGUUAUUACACAGCAGAUGGUUGAGUAUCUCCAAGGAUUAAAAGUCCACAACAUCUAGGUCCUUGUUUUAGAAUUUGACCACCUGUGUGGUGAAAGAGGUUUUCCUAAUACCUAAUUGCAAUUUACCAUGUUCCAGUUAGCGCCCACUGCCUCUUGGCCUGUCACUUUGCACCUCUGAGGAAAGUCUCCCUCUUACUCCUCUGUCCCCUCGCUUUUCCUUCAGUGCUGUUGCUUCUUGAUUUGUUAAACUGUUUCGGGCUUUUUUUUUUUUCCAUCCUCCAAGACACUUAAGUGGGGAACUUCGGGAUUUUGGCAUCGUAAAAGCAGAGAUUAAAACAGAUAAGUUGAGAGGGAAUGUGAUUUCUGUUCCGAAUCCUUAAAAUUCUCCCUGGAAUUUAGUUUUUCUUGGCUCUACAGCCUUAAUUACGUCACGGUGACGUGCUGGGCUGACAGCCGGCGGUGGCCAGAAGAGCUCGCUGCUGCCGCGUGUCUCGAAUCUUGGCCCUCUGGCAAGUCCAGAAACUACCUGACGUGUUUAGUUUUAAAGGCUGAGGCUUUCUGAGUUUUCUAGGAGCUUUAUCAGAGAAUAAACUGAAUUUUGUGUGUUA